UCACACGACCCAGCAGGGCGCCAACAUGGCCCGAAGGACUCCAUGACGACCCGAGAUGAUCCCAAGACGCCCUCCGUAACAUUUUUGGCUCAAGCUCUGGUCCGCUCCGCGCCGCAGUGUCAAGCAGUCUGCAGGAGGGUCAUUGGGUAUUGCUGCCAUGGGGGCGUGUCGAAAUAAGCCGGCUUGGGUCGGCAGCGAGCCCAGCCGCCCAUCUUCACACGAGGUCAACGUUAGUCACAGCAGCAUCGGUGCUUGAACUAGCUGAUCAAGCCAGAGCGCCUCGUCCACUUGCACAACCAUGGGUUGCGCGUGCCGAAGUGACAUGACGUUCCUAAGUCGUGGAUCCUCAAUGUGGAUGGAUAGUUCGAGUAGGACUACCUGGAGAGCGUAUCUAUCAGUUGCGGUUGGAUCUCAAAGGACCAUCUCUAUCUACAUGGACAUCAUUUGAAUCGCCGCUCUCAUCUCUGUUCAUAUUUCGUUGCUAAUUCCCUUCGUUCCGCCAAGACACAGGAUGGUUAUCCAGGGGCCAGUGUGGUCUACAGUGUGCAGACACUGAUGAAGCAGGGUUGGUGCAUCGGCAGCGGUGAUGGCCGGCCCGCAGGGGUGUUUGUCGAUUGGAUGAGAACCCCACAGGACAAUUCGAGGGAGCCCGCACAGACGAGGACACUACUGUCUUCAAGCGAGUGCUAAAGCGUACAAGAAUUUAGUAGGGGCACGCAGACACGAUCACACUGAGGCUCAGCGCGCAGGGUAUUAUGAAAAUGUUUGGCCUAAUUUCGCAGGUUAUAUCGCAGGCAUCAUUUCGGGCCCGCAUACGAUGCUGUUUGCGGACGGGCAGGUGCAAACAUUAUUGGAAACAGCAAGCGGUGAUUCCUUGAAGCUGCCACUCGAUCACUGGAUUGGCGUCGCGAAGUACCAACCAAUCAUGAAGUGUUCAACGAUAUGGUCCAGGAGAAGGUCUUUACACACUGUGCCUACGAGCGAUAUUGCUAUCCCACUACACCGCGGCACGUUCCUGAAUGUCAUGGACGAUGCAACUGUGCGGGACAUGCCGACCAUGGGGUUGGGCGAGCCUGGAGCAGUGGGCUUCAUGAAGCUGGUGCGGCACCACGGUCAUGUGAGGUCGUUGGAUCCGUCUGCCAACCAGAUAUCGGUACCAUUUGAACGCUGGAACUUCAACACCGCGAAUCAACGCACAUGUUGCGCCCUGGCAUUUUGACGUCGUGUCCGGCACACCUUUUUGGGGACGUUCGCCAUGCGAAUCCUUGGAUUGUUGUAAACUCUUUAACCGAAUGCGCUCGGCGAUUAGGCGUGAGCCACAUUUCGACAAGGAGCCGCCUUCCAACCGCAAAUCUCACGC